AUGUGUCUUGAUGAGGAAAGCCUCCAAGCUUUGUUUGAUGAGCCACUAGGAAGCGCUCAAAAAGAAGGGGAGGAUGCAGCCUCAAAGGCACUUGUGGGAGAGAAAAGAAAGAACCCACCAGCUCAGGUUUCCUCAGCCAAGCCAUCUCAGCUCAGAAUGACCUUGUUCCCCACCAAGUUUGAAAAUGGAAAGAUUGAGUACAAGAUAAGAUUGAGGGAAGAGAGAACGACCAAGAAGAGGAAGUACCCCAUAAGUAGUGAAAGUGAAGAAGGAGAGUUUGAGAUUGGGGUAAACAUUGGAAGAGAGGAGAGUGAUGAGUCUGAAAGUGAAGAAGGAGAGGAGGUCAAUCAAGAGGUUGAUGAAAGUGGGCAUGAGAGUAAUGAUGAUGUGCCCAUGGAGGAAGUUGAGCCACAACAAGACGAGGAUGAACUCCCCAUGUAUCAAGAGCACUACAAUGCUCUCUUCUCCAUGGAUUUUGUGGAAACCAAGUACCCUCAUGACAAAACAAUGAAGGCACUUGGGAUCUUCAAGGAUGUGGAGUUAGUGCUCAAGAACAUGCACUUGGCCCAGUUCUUCUCUCAUAGGAUGGAGUCCUACAAGGAGUUGACUUGUGAGUUCCUAGCAUCGAUGAGGUACCACGAAUAUGAUGAGCUCGAUCGAGCUGAGCUAGAUCAAGGUUGGGGAUGGAUCACCUUCUUGGCAAAAGGAGAGAAGAAGAUGGUCACCUUGAGGCAGCUUGAGAUACUGUUUGGGUUCACAUAUGGAGAAGGAACUCAUUGGGAUAUCAAGGAGGAUGAGCUCCAAAGGGUUUGGGCAACAAUCGCUGAAGGAAAGUACUCUUCCUCAAGGUCCAAGGCUGCUCAGAUUAGGAGUCCUGUGCAGAGAUAUGUGCACAAAGCCCUUGCCAACACCUUCUUUGCAAGGAAAGCAACAUGGACAAUCAAUGAAUGA